GAUGACCUCAUCCCUGGAGUGGGAUGACGUCAAGUUCAAGAUGGAUGGAAUCACGACUACCACACACUCAACAGAAUUCUGAUAUAAAGUCUUGUUCGUGUGCUCCGUGGGAACAGAACGAAGACAUAGGGCCAGAAUGGAGAGUCUGGUGCACUACAGUAAUCCAUCCCACGGCCUCUCUGUGCUGGGGGUGCUCAAUGAGCAGCGCCUGAGGGGGCAGCUCUGUGACACAGUCUUGGUUGUGGGGGAUCAGAGGUACAAGGCCCACAGGAGUGUGCUCGCCGCUAGCAGUGAGUAUUUCCAAUCCCUUUUCACACGGAGGGAGUCUGAGCCUCACAAAGUGAUACAGCUGGACUUCUGUGAGCCUGACGCCUUUGAGAUAGUGCUGAAUUACAUAUACUCAACCUCUAUCUUCGUGGACAGAGGCAGCCUUGCAGCCAUCCAGGAGCUGGGCUACAGUCUAGGAAUCCCUUUUCUAACCAACAUUAUGUCAACAAGACCGCAUGUGUCCUACUGCGUCUCCAGAAAAAGGCUGUCCUUCUCAGAGGACGAUAACGACAGCCAGCCGAGGAGUGUCAUUGUGCGCCAGAGCCGAGGUGGUGAUGCUCCCGGCCCCGGUCGCUACGGUUCAAAUGAUCAAGGAGAACAGACUCAAGCUUCAGGACACAGGAAACUAAACGAAUCAUCCAGGAACACUGCAUCCAAUCCCAGAAAAUCAGCUGAAGCAACUGAUGAGGGUUCUAAUAGCAAGCCCAUCAGUUCAUAUGCCUCCAUCUUAAAGGGGAAGACAUCAUCACACACAGGGUCAUCAGGAAGGCCACAGCUCACCUCCUCAGUCUCCUUCAGUGAAUCUCCAACAGUCAUGUUACAAUCUGAUCCAAGCACUAAAGAAGUGGAGGAGGAGCAGAGGCUCUACAGACCCAAACCACACUUUCAGGGCCAGGCAGGGGAGCCUAGCCAGACCAUUGACAGGAGUGGCCCACUCAUAAAAAGCCUGCUACGCAGGUCAUUAUCCAUGGACAGUCCCGUCCCAGUCUUCUCCCCCACACUGGAGCUCAAUAAACUGCAAGGCCGAGAACAGUCUGUUGUUAAGAUGGUGGCAAAUACAGAGGAAGGGACUCCGACAGAGCACAAACACAGUGUGAAAGUAUUUCCGCCGCUUCUUCUCAAGUCAAGGCACCACAGUAGGUAUGAUGAUAAAGAUGAAACUCCAGGAAAGGAGUUCCAUGUGAAGACCGAGCCUAGCAGCCCACUGUCUGACCCCUCUGAGAUCAUUAGAAUCACAGUGGGGGAUUCUCUACCAGUUAACCUCAAAAACAUUGAAAUGGAUUUUGAACAAGGCCCUACUAAGCCAUUUUAUAAUCUCCCUGGAAAGAGAAAGGUGAGGCGAGACAAUCGAAGGUACCCAUUCAAAAAGUCUAAAGGGGUGAACGAACAUGAUUUCCUAUGUGAAGAUGAUGAAGACGAUAUGUCAGCAUCUGUACCUCACAACUCCAACAUGGACGACAAUGAUGAAGGCUGGACUGAUGAGCCCAGGAAGAGCAAGAUGUUUAAAUGCUGGAACUGUUUGAAAGUGUUCAGAUCCAACGCUGGAUUGCACCGCCAUGUUAACAUGUAUCACAACCCAGAUAAGCCGUAUGCUUGUGACAUCUGCCACAAACGCUUCCACACUAACUUCAAAGUCUGGACCCACUGUCAAACCCAGCACGGAGUGGUACAAAACCCUGCUUCAUCCUCCAGCUCGUUCCAGCUGGAUGAGAAGUUUCAGAGGAAGCUGAUUGAUAUUGUGCGGGACAGAGAAAUAAAGAAAGCCUUGCUCAUGAAGCUGAGGAGAAAUAAGCAGGGUUCGCAGUCUCAGGUGUUUGCCAAAAAAGGUGGCCUGAGAUCAAGGUCAAAUUUGAUAUGCCCUUACUGUGGGAAAUCGUUUGUGUUUCUGUAUCAGUUCAAGCAGCAUUUGAAGACACACCCUGCGGAGAGAGACAACCAAGAGACUGAGAGAGAGAGCAGUCUCUACCAAAAGGACCAGCCCAGUCAGAGAGAGAACACAGACACAGGGAUUUACUCCUGCAGGCUCUGCAAUGAGAAGCUGUCCUCUCUCUUUGAGCUGGGAGACCACGAGAGGGGCUGUCGACACGCAACCGUGUGCCCUUACUGUGGCCUCCGAUUCUCCAGCCCAGCGGUUAAAAAAGAGCAUGAAGCACACUGCAAGUACAAGAAACUGACUUGCCUGGAGUGCAUGAGGACCUUCAAGUCCUCCUUCAGCAUAUGGAGACACCAGGUGGAGGUUCACAACCACAACAUUAUGACUGUUAAGGAGCAGCUGCUGAGCCAUCGGGAGGAGAACAAUGGAGAAGUAUCUGACCACGUCGGAAGGCCUCUCCAUACCCAGGAGUCUGUGGGAGCGGGGAGCUCCAGAGAGGAAAUCAUCUACAGUGACUCCUCAGGUCCACCUAUGUUAGAUUCAGAGGAUUCUUUAUCAUUCGUGCCCGAGGACCUGAAUGCUAGCCAGCGUCACAACGACCAUCACGGCGAGCUGACAGUGAAGGACGAGCCCAUUGAGGAGGCCGUGAGCGAGAGGGAGGACAUGACGUCUAGGGCCGCCGUCGAGCCCGAGGAGCCAGGUGUGUGGCCAUGCGAAAAAUGUGGCAAGCUCUUCGGUGGCCACAAAGACCUUGAGCGUCACCAGGAGCUGCUGUGUCACAUCAAACCCUUCAUCUGUCACAUCUGCAACAAGGCCUUCAGGACCAACUUCCGCCUUUGGAGCCACUUCCAGUCCCACAUGUCCACCUCCGAUGAACCUGGAGCGAGAGAGGUCGAUGACAGGCGCCCUUCGUCUCCCUCCCCCUCACCACCACCGGCGGUCACACAAGCAACUGGACGUCCUGCCCCACAAGUUUCUCCACCUAAACCAGUGGAGGCAGAGCCAGUGGUAGCUAAAGCUGUGGUAGCGAAAGAGGAGGAGAAACCUGGAAGCUCAUCGUCAAUGCCCAGGACCAAAAGGCCAGAGAUGGACAGAUCACACAGUAGCCCCCUACCCAAGAUGGAUAGUGUGGAUAAUCCCCUCACCCCUCAGGAAUCAGAAACCCUUUUUUACCACGCCCCCACUCUCUCUGCCCUCACAUUUAAGAGGCAGUACAUGUGUAAGCUCUGCCACAGAACAUUCAAGACUGCCUUUAGUCUUUGGAGCCAUGAGAAGAGCCAUAGUCACAUUUAAGUGUGUCUCACUCAAACACCUGUACUCUGUUUUGAGCCUCUGAGAUGAUACUUUAUGCUCACAGCAUCGUAAGAGAUCAAAUAUAACUCAGCCUACACAAUAAAUAUUUUGAAUGUAUCUAUUGCUGUUGAUAGUGGCUUGGCUUCAUGUUAUGUUUUCCAGUGGCCAUGUGUCAUAGAGGUGUGAAAGUGAAUGUGUGCAAUGAACUGCUAUUUGCCUCAUCGGCUCCAUACAAUGGUUACUUUGCCUUUGACAUUAGGUUAGUACUGUGUAAAUCUAUUUCAGAUAACCCCCUUUGAGUUGUCUUCACCUAUAAAACUAUUUUGAUUCAAAAAUUGCUGUACUGUACAAUUCAAGAUCAGUUACGUGCUUUUGGUUAAGUUGUGAAUUUGUGUUGAUUGAUGCGUGAAGAUGACAUUAUGAAGAUGAUAUUAGUGGCCUCGAGCAUCAUGUUUAUUGAUAUGCACUUUGCAAUUCUGUUCAAUAUUUACAUUGCAUAUAAUGGUCAAAUUACAUUGAUUUAAUUGUUGUUAUAUGAAUCUUUAUUUUGGAUCCUCUGCAUUCCAUUAACAUUUCAGUUGUAAUCUGUUUUGUACCAUAAAAUUAUGGUUUUAAUAUUGUCUAUUCGUGUUAAUUCUUCUUCAUUCAGAUUUUGUCAUUGCCUUAGUGAUAUUUCAUGAAGAUUAUACACGAAAACAAGACCAAAGAGCAGUUAGAUUAGCAGGGGAAUAAGAACUUGGAACGCAUGCAGUAUUUCAACUGACACUAUUUUGUAGAUUCUGAGUAAAAUAAAUAAUUUAUCUUAUUUUCUUCUUUAAUAUUAGAUAUCAUUAAAUUACAGAUUAUCAUUAGUGGAUUAUUGUGUAAAGAAUAUGGAAAAUAUGUACUUUAUUGGGAAAGGAGUUUUGUUUACCUUCUGCCCACUGGGUGUGGUGUAUGGUAGAUUUUGUUGUUGUUUUUUAUGAUUCAUUUGGUACACAAAUACAACAGCACACAAGCGACUUGUAUAGUAGAUACAUAGACAGGAGUGAAUUUGAAUGGGCAAGAACAUGGGUAUAUUGCUCUCUGUCGGCUCAAUACCUGUAUGAUUAAGUCUGAAAUAGUUUGUAUGAGGUUGAAAAUUACACAAGUAAUCGUAUGAAUUGAUAGCAUAGACUUAGCAUAUGCAUCCUGAGACAAUGAAGCACAGUAAGAGUUGUUGCAGAUAAAAAAUAUUUAACUUAGAUAUUUAGAAUGAUUUACAACCAAGAGCCAAUAAAUGUACACAUAUACAGUAUAUACAGUACCAGUAAAAAGUUUGGACACACCUACUCAUUCAAGGGUUU